AUGACCGAUCUUCUCCGCGUCCUGCCGCACUUCCCAGUCGGCCAGUAUGCAAAUCUGAUAUCCGCCCUUGAGAAGGUCGGCCUCACCACCAGCGACCUCUUGACGCUCGAAGCAGCCGACAUUGGAAAACGCACGCAACUUCCCCUGCUCGAUAUCAAGCGCCUAUGUGCCGCCGUCCUCGCUGCUCUUCACGAUGACCUAGGUGUUUUCGCCACAUCCCGCCGUCAUCAACACAGCAAUCAGGGCCAGGGUCAACAACAUGGCCAGACCAGCACGGUUCCUGCUGCGCCGCCUCCAGCUCUGCAGACCCUGAAGAACACACCCGCCUCCCUCGCCGCACAAUGGCAGACCAUCAGCACCCUAGAUCCGGACCUCGACCGCGCUCUCGGCGGCGGUGGCAUCCCCGCCGGCUACGUGACCGAGAUCACGGGCGAGUCUGGCGCCGGCAAGACGCAGUUCCUGCUCACGUUGCUCCUCUCAGUCCAGCUGCCGCCUCCCCAUGGGCUCGGCAGGCCGGCCUUGUACAUCAGCACCGAGGCGCCGCUCUCUACCCGGCGGUUAGCCCAGAUGCUCACCACCAAUACCUUCUUUAAGGGCAUCGAGGCAGACGGCCGAGAGAGACCUUCACUCGACAACAUCAUCAGCACCGUCACGCCCGACCUGGAAAGCCAAGAUCACAUCCUCACUUACCAAGUGCCCGUGGAGAUUGAGCGGCGCAACAUCGGCUUGCUCGUGCUCGACAGCGUGGCAGCCAACUACCGCGCCGAGUUUGAGCGUUCUUCUAAAGAAGCAGCUACGUCGUCGAUACCGGGCGCCGGCGCCGGCGCAGCACGAUCCUCUAACAUGGGAGCGCGCACCGCCGAGUUAGUCCGACUAGGUAUGCAACUUCGCGACCUAGCGCAAAAGUACAACCUAGCCGUGGUGGUGUCCAACCAAGUAGCCGAUCGGUUUGGGUCUAAGAUGCCUGAGCCCAUCACUUCUUCCAUCCCCCGGUCCAGCGCCGCCGUCCUUCCCACCCCAUCAGUUACUCCUUACCCUCACCCCGACGAAAACCCUCCUCAAUCCCACCACCCCGCCCUCCACCUCGACAACCAACAGCGUUUCUUCACCGGCUGGGGCGACGACCCCUACGCCUCUUUCCCCCUAAAAACUCCCUCCUUGGGUCUUGUCUGGUCUACACAGAUCUCUGCGCGGAUAGCGCUGUUUAAAAGGCCGGCUUAUGGAAGGAGUAAGUACCAAGCUGAUGAUGAAGACCAGAACGGCAAUGAAAAAGGGAUGCCAAUGCUGAAGAGCUGGAGGAGGUGGAUGAAGGUUGUUUUUGCGGGGUGGACGGCUGAGAGCGGGACGGGGUUGGAUGGAGGGGGAAGUGUGGAGUUUGAGGUUUGGAUGGGGGGGUUGAGGGGGAAAUUCUAUGGGCAGGGGUGA